CGUAUGCGUAUCAAGGGACUGAACGCUCGGGCCGGCUCAGUCAGAACGCAAAGAAGCCAUUUAGCGUCACGGCUCGAAAAGACUGCCGUCCUGCCUACCACCGCUCGUCAGCGGGUGCUAAAGGGAAGGGCUAAACGAUGGCGCACGGGGAUCAAUGCCUGGUGCCCUCGAAGCAGCAUCUGCAACCUGUCGGCCAGUCCAUACCUUGCCUACCGAAAUAUCACUUUCGUUCAGCUCGUAGAACAACAUCGGCGGCUCCACGGACAAUCCCUGCGCAGUUGGGAUACAAUUCUUAAGGUUGACUACGUCCCAGCCUUGUACAAGAAACCUCAUCUUCAUUUAUCAUUUCAUGUCUUGCUUGUAGAACAAAAGCCACUAUUGCAUAGGCAUCAUGGUUAUGGUCAGAAGUCGCCUACGGGGGAGGACGGAGGAAGAAACGCAAGGCAGUUGGGUACUAGAACGAUUUUUUCUUUGGCUGAAGACUAUUGUUUUAAAAAAAAAACAGGUUACGGAGUUCAGAUCCUGCUGGCCUGGCAGGAUAGGAAUUGGCUGGAGUCUUUUUGUGAGUGUUUAUAAGGAGCGACUGUAAGAGGGGGUGAAUAGGUGAGAAGCUGGCCUACUUUACUUUACCUUGGAACUGCAUGCCUAACUAUGGUGAGUGCAGCUUCUCUGGGAGGCCUGUCGGUAGUAAGAAUAAUACCACAAAGAAGCUCAAGACAGUGACA